AUGGAGAUCAAUAAAGAAGAAGCUAUUCGUUGUUUGAGGAUUGCAAAAAAUCAUUAUGGCAACAAAAAUUACGAUGCAGCUGUUCGCUUAACCCAAAAGUCAAUUAAACUUUAUCCAACAGAAGAAGCUAAAGAAUUCCUAGUAAAAGCUGAACAAGCAGCAGCCAAAGCAGGGCCAGAAGAAAUAAAGAAAGAAACCAAGUCAACAUCAUCAGCGCAAUCGUCUUCUUCUUCUUCAUCAACACAACAACAGUCUCAAGAAGUGAAAGAAAUAUUGGCCUGUGGUACGGAUUACUAUAAAGUAUUGAAAUUGAAUAGAAACUGUACAGAAGUUGAAAUCAAAAAAGCAUAUAGAAAACUCGCUCUUAAAUUCCAUCCAGAUAAAAACAAGACUCCUGGAGCCGAUGAGGCGUUUAAAUUGAUUUCAAAGGCAUUUACUGUCCUAAGUGAUCCUCAAAAACGAGCUGUACAUGAUGCUGGAGGAGGCGAUCCAGAACAACGAGGUAAUGGAGGAUUCUCGGGCUUCCGAACACAAACAUACGGUGCCUCCCCAUUUGGCGAUGAGAUAUCUCCUGAAGAUUUAUUCAACAUGUUCUUUGGAGGUGGUAUGGGAGGCAGAGCAUACACCUUUGGUGGUCCAACUGGAUUCAGCAGCGCAACCUUUGUCGGCCCAGGAUUCCGUGCGAGAACGUUUAAUACCGCAGGCGGUCCCUAUCAACGUGCAAGAUCACAUCAACCAGAACAACAGCAACGAACAGGUUGGUCUAUCUUUUUGCAGCUGUUGCCACUGUUGCUCUUAUUUGGAUACACCCUCUUUUCUGGUCUCUUUGUAGACGACACGCCUAGUUUUGCAUUUCAAUCCAACUCGGUCUAUUCUCAACCACGUAUGACAACCAGAAAUCAUGUUCGUUAUUUUGUGAACCCGGCGGCAUUCAGACCAUACCAAGACAAUAGAAACAAGCUCUAUCAAUUUGAAUAUCAAGUGGAAAAGGAUUGGCUGCAGUCAUUACAGCAAAAGUGCUUUAUGGAACGUAAGCAUCGACAAAUGCUUCUUGAUAAAUCAAAAGGAACAUUUGGAUUUAUAAAUCGAGAUGAAAAGCUUUACCAAGAAGCAUUAAAUAUGCAGCUCGACAGUUGUGAAGCGGUUAAACGAUUUCGUACUUAUUAA